AUGGCUCCCACGGCGCCUUCGCCGGCGAAGUCCGCCUCCCCGUCCCAACCAUCCGGAGCGUGCAGCAAGAGCGAGGUGUCGGAUCUGAAGCAGCAGCUGCGGCAGCUGGCGGGGAGCCGUGCGCCAGACGCUGAUGAUCAGCGCCGGGAUGUCUUCAAGCGGGUGAUCUCUUGCAUGACCGCAGGUAUCGACGUGUCGGCGGCGUUCGGGGAGAUGGUGCUCUGCUCCGCCACCUCCGACGUUGUGCUCAAGAAGAUGUGCUACCUCUACGUCGGUGUCCAUGCGCGCGCCCACCCGGACCUCGCCCUCCUCACCAUCAACUUCCUCCAGCGCGACUGCCGCGACCAGGACCCCACCAUCCGCGGCCUUGCGCUCCGCAGCCUCUGCUCCCUCCGCGUUCCAAAUCUUGUCGAGUACCUUGUUACGCCGCUCACCACAGGGCUGAAGGACCCUAGUGCCUACGUUCGGAUGGUCGCUGCUGUUGGUGCUGCAAAGCUGUAUCACAUAUCUGCUACCACCUGCCUCGACGCUGACCUGCCUGCUGCGCUCAAGGCACUUAUGCUCUCGGACCCUGAUGCCCAGGGUCUGAGGCUUCCAAUACUCAGCAGGGCCAUGGACAAUCGCAAAGCGUCUUUGAAGCACACCAAAAACUCUCUCAACAUCCUUUCUAGCAAAUUCUUGGCGCGUUGCAAAUUUGUCCACAACUUUUGCAAUGUACUUGAAGAGAUCCCGGUGCAUCCGGAGUUGGCGAUGAAAAUAGGGGAUGGUGAUGUCGAUGAAGAUGUGAGCCAUCGAAUCAAAGCCGGAUGGAUGAAGUGGCGCCAAGCUUUUGGCAUUCUCUGUGACAAGAGGGCGCCACAAAAGCUAAAAGGCAGGCCUCUAAAAGCUCCAAUGCAUAGCGGAUGGUUAAAGCGUGCUGAGAAUGUCAAGAGAGGUCGGGGUAGGCCAAACUUGCAAUGGGAGGUGUCUGUAAAGAGAGAUCUGAAGGACUGGAAUAUCAUCAAAGAACUAGCCAUGCACAAGGCUUGCUACGCCAUCUCCAAGGUUGGCCGGUUCGAUUUCCGGCAAAAACGGGCCUCGGCGUCGACCGGGUGGAGCUACAUGACGGCAGCCCCGUCGGCGGCGAAAAUGCUGAUUCUGGCGCCGGCGAGUGAGGAGAAGGCGCCGGAGAAGGUGGUUGCCAAUUGCUUGCAUUCACUGCUUGAGAUAUGGACCCUAGAAGCUGCCAAUUCAGAGGCAGCAGGGAGGGAGAUUGAGACACUAUAUAGCAAGCCAGUGGUGUUUUACUUGCUAAACAAAAUCAAAGAAUUCAGCGAGUGGGCACAGUGCCAUGUUCUUGAGUUGGCGUCAAAGUUCCUACCAUCUGAUAAUAAUGAAAUAUUUGACAUAAUGAACCUGCUUGAGGAUAGACUUCAGCAUGCAAAUGGAGCUGUUGUUUUGGCAACAAUCAAAGUGUUUCUCCACUUGACGAUGUCAAUGACCGAUGUUCACCAGCAGGUUUAUGAACGCAUAAAGGCACCUUUGCUUACUCUGUUUAGUGAUCCUUCGUAUGUGAAGAAGCUGAAACUUGAGAUGUUGACUGCUAUUGCAAAUGAGAGCAACACCUAUGAAAUUGUAACCGAGCUGUGUGAAUACGCUGGAAAUGUUGAUGUACCAAUUGCAAGAGAGUCUAUCAGAGCAGUUGGAAAAAUAGCUCUGCAGCAAUAUGAUGUGAAUGCUAUCGUUGACAGGCUUCUACAAUUUCUUGAAAUGGACAAGGAUUAUGUGACUGCUGAGACUCUUGUCUUGGUGAAAGAUCUUUUGAGGAAAUACCCUCAAUGGAGCCAUGACUGUAUAGCUGUUGUUGGAAAUAUUAGUAGCCAGAAUAUUCAAGAGCCAAAAGGGAAAGCAGCUCUCAUAUGGAUGUUGGGUGAAUAUUCUCAAGAUAUGCAUGAUGCUCCAUAUGUUCUUGAAAAUCUUGUUGAUAACUGGGAUGAGGAGCAGUCUCCCGAGGUUCGUUUGCAUCUUCUGACUGCGGUGAUGAAAUGUUUCUUUAAGAGACCACCAGAGACACAGAAGGCGUUAGGGGCUACAUUAGCUGCUGGCCUAGCUGAUACACACCAGGAUGUUCAUGACCGAGCACUUUUCUACUACAGGCUUUUACAGUAUGAUCCGGCUGUAGCUGAACGUGUAGUAAACCCUCCCAAGCAAGCUGUCUCUGUAUUUGCAGACACACAGAGCAGUGAAAUCAAAGAUCGGAUAUUUGAUGAAUUUAACAGCCUAUCAGUUGUAUAUCAGAAGCCCUCUUACAUGUUUACCGACAAGGAACAUCGUGGAACAUUCGAGUACUCAGAAGAUCUUGCGAACUUAACUGUUGGGGCAGAGGCUCCAGAAACCGUCAUUUCUGCCCAAAGAUACCAAGAAAACGAUAAUGAUCUUCUGCUAAGUACUUCAGAUAAAGAGGACAACGGUAUAAGAAGCAGCAAUGGUUCUUACACCUCUACAUACAAUGCUCCUUCCGACUUGCUAAGUUCGCAAACACCAGCUGAAACUGCACUAAUAAAUCCUGGUAGUUCGACAUAUUCAACACAAACAAACUUCAGUCUCGAUGAUCUUCUUGGACUUGGUGUUCCUGAUGCCCCAGCACCUCCACCACCUCCUGCACUGGCCCUCAACUCAAAGCCUGUGCUAGAUCCUGCGACUUUCCAGAAGAAAUGGGGCCAACUAGCAUUAUCCUUUUCUCAGGAAUGCUCUUUAAGUCCACAAGGAGCAGCUUCUUUGAUGAAUCCCCAAUCGCUCAUUCGUCAUAUGCAAAGCAACUACAUUCAAUGCAUUGCUUCAGGCGGUCAGCCUCCAAACUACAAGUUCUACUUUUAUGGUCAGAAAGCUGGGGCUGCUGCUUUCUACCUUGUAGAAUGCAUUGUGAACACCGCAUCAGCGAAGGCCCAGCUCAAAAUCAAGGCCGAGGAUGGGACUACUGCUGAGGCAUUUUCUACCUUGUUUCAAUCAGUAUUGUCCCAAUUUGGCCAUUCUUGA